ACACUUAACGAGUAACUUACGUCUAAUGUAUAUACAUUGAUUGUAAAUUUGAAAAACCAUCUCGUGUUUUAAUUUAAAUAUUUUAUCCAUAUAUUUUUAAUUAUUUUAUUUGAUAUAAUCUGUUAUACUUGUAUAUCAAGUCUUUCCUUAUUGGUCUAUUAGAACAAAAAAAAUCUUAGCAAUAGAUUUUUACUAUUUUCACGAUAAUAUAUUUUUAAUUUUUUGUUUGUAAAACAUAAUAAAUAUUACAAAAUGUCUUUCAUGAAAAAAACUGAUUCUUCUGUACCCCCUUGGUCUUACGAACAUUUAGAAAUGAUGAAUUAUUUGGUUGAGCCUAAAAACGAACUCUUUGGGUUUAAUGACUUGAAGAUGGAACCUAUAUUUAGCGAUGAUAUUAAAUUUCAAUCUGAAGAUUGUGAUAUAGAUAAUGAUUUAAUGUUACAAUGGAGCAUUGAUACUUGUUUUGGAAAUGGCAUUGAGCUAGAAAAUAAUGACUUCUCUCCCCCAUCAUCACCUUCAUCUAGUGGAUCAGCACCUAGUAGAGAUUCACAGUCAUCAUACGAAUCAAGCACAAUAUUAUUAUCAUUCAUGCCUGAUAAAAUAAAUACAAUUGUUAAUGAUACUAUUACUCCUAAAACUUUAACUGCCAAUGAACAUAAAAGUAAUGUAAAUCUUAUUGGUGAAACUCUUACUUCACAACAUCAAACAGUAUCCAAAAAUAAUUUUAAUGCUUCUUCAAUGCUUAUGAACCAAAACAUUCAACCCCCAAAAGCUACAAAACUAUCAACAUCAUUAAUGUCUCAUAAAAUCAUCGUAGCAUCAGAUAAAUUUUCAAGACUGGUUAAAUCAAAAAAAGAAAAAUUAAAUAAACCAGAGUUAAAUAUUCUAUCAACACCAUUGGUUACGAGCACAACUGACAUAAAUCCUCGACUAUCAUUCCCUGCAGUUGAUAUUGAUUUAACCAAAACGAGAUCUCAUAGUCCAAAUACAUUAAAUUAUAACCAACUAAGUGCAAUAAAAAGACAUCAAAGAAUGAUAAGGAACCGUGAAGCAGCGAGUUUAUCAAGAAAAAAGAAAAAAGAAUAUGUCGCAUCUCUUGAAGAAAAAGUGAAUGUCUUACAAAAAGAAAAUUUAGAAUUAAAAAUGGAAAAUUCAGCACUAAAAGAUAGACUUAAAAUACUUGAUAAGCUUUCUGUUAUGACUGAUAAUUCAAUAACCAAAAAGGUUAAAAAAGCAACUAUAAUUCUUUCUGUGUUUUUAAUGAUCUCUUUCAAUAUAACUCCUUUAAGGAUAUUUAACUCAAAAGAAAUGGAUUAUACAGAUUUUUCAAUAAGCCAAAGCGAAAAUUUAAAACAUCCAUCUAUUGAUAACUAUAAUUAUCACUCAAGAAAUAUACUAUGGGUUGACUAUGAAGAUAAUAAUUCUUCUUGGAACUCAACUGAACAAUUAAUGUGUCCCAUGUAUAUCAAUAUAUCUGAAUCAAUAAGAAUUGAUCAUGAAUUGAGGAAAUGGAUUGAUCCUAACAAUUUAGAAAUAUUAAAUGAUAAUUUAUCAAGAGGGCUUAGUCCAAUGUCAAAAUAUCUCAAUACAAAUAUUUAUAAUAUCAAUAAAAGUGAAACUGUUGAUGUCAGAAACAUUAAAAAGAGGAAGUCGUUCUUUAAAACAAAUUUAAAAAAACGACGAGAUAUUUUAUAUAAAAAUAAUUUUGAUGGGAUGUUUAGCCAAUUAAAGCUUGAUGCUAAAGAAAGUUUAUUCCAUUCAAUUGAAAGACAAGAAGAUACUUUUUAUGUUGUAUCAUUUUCUGGUGAUCAUCUUUUAUUGCCUGCAAGUCAUAAUGUUUCUAACACUACACAUCAACCAAAAAUGUCACUUGUAUUUCCUGCAUUGACAUCAACAGAAUCAAAUUUUGUUACUAUGAUACAAAUUGAUUGUGCUGUAACUGAUACAAAAACUUUACAAUUGAGGGACACACAAUUAAGGCACCCCCAUGAUUUAGAUAAUAAUGUAUCACAAUUAAAGCAAACUAAUAACCAGAGGACAAUAGCACAUAGACCAUACUUUUUGAGACAAAGUUAUUCGAGAAUGUUUACUAAAAUAAAUCAAGGACUUCCAAGUUAUUAAGUUAUACCAAUUUUUACUUCUUGUAAUAUACUUUAACUUUAAAUUUAAUAUUAGAAUUAGAUUUUAAAUUAUGUGAUCUUUAUGUUUUUAUUU